UUUAUGAAUUUUUAGACUGUUGAAAACUCAAUUUUCUACAACACUAAUGAGGUUGACUUGUGACAGGCCACUUAAUUAUUAUGCUGCGUCAAUCUAAUUAAAACGUCAGAAGUUUGUACAAUUUUUAUAAGGACAAGUCAAUGGAAUUAAAAGUGCUUAAUUCCAAUCAAAACGGAACAUUAUUGAUAUUGCCUGACAUAAGCCAAUCAUAUCGAUUACCAGCGAGCUUCUCUGCUGUGUAUCUAACCUUGUCUUCCAUGGCUUUUGUGUCAAAUUUAAUGGUACUCAGUGGUAUACUAACUAGUGAUAGACUGCGGUCUUCAUACGCCGUACUCGUGUCUGCUCUAUGCCUUCAAUGUGCUUUGGAUAGUGCUGUUAGCCAUUUUUUGGUUUCCAAAGAACUUUUGACACUUGAAAGGACGCCAGAAACAAUAACAACUUCAUCUAUAACGGAUAAUUCGUUUGCAGCAACAUGCCGUGUUAUCGCAACAAUUACUUCAGCACUGUCUACGGUAGAACUUAUUACGUUUGCAACUCUAACUUGUUUAAACACAUUUGCUCGAACAAAUUAUAUUUUACCAUUGCCAGCUGCUGCAGUUCUAUGGGCUGUCCCUUCUAUGUACACUUACGUCAUACUUACACCAACCUUAUUAUUUUCUACUAGAUACUUUUCAUAUAGGUAA